AUGCACCAAGACCAACUAUGCUUCAACACCUUCACUCCUCAUACCGACUUCCUCAUCACCACAUCAAUUGACGGCGUAGUCAAGUUCUGGAAGAAGGUGGCCGAUGGUAUCGAAUUUGUCAAGGAGUUCAGGGCACAUGAGGGAGAAGUUAAGAGUGUCAGCGUGAGCGCCGAUGGCCGCAGUUUCGCGACUGCUGGUGUCGACGGCUCUGUCAAGAUAUUCGAUGUCAUUACCUUCGAUCUACUGGCUAUGCUCACCCCUGAACUUGCUCCCAGGUCGGUGUGCUUUGUACAUGGCCGCGGUGCCUCUCUCCCACUAUUGGCUGUCUCCCACGAGGCGAGUCCUCAAAUCACCAUAUAUGACGGCAGAGGCGAGAACAUCACGCCAUUACACAAGCUGGAGAAGCUUCACAGGGUGUCCGUCUCGCUAAUGUCAUACAAUCACCAGUAUGACUGCGUUGUGUCCGUCGACGAAGGCGGUAUGGUCGAAUACUGGAGUCCUACAAGCAAUUACGAGAAGCCUGACAACGUCUUCUCCAUAAAGAGUGCAACGAACCUGUUUGACUUCAAGAAGGCGAAAUCCGUUCCCUCGUCCAUCACAAUGUCACCCACUGGCCAGCAGUUCGCAACCAUGUCUUUUCCUGAUCGCAAAGUCCGCAUCUUCGACUUUCCCACUGGCAAAUUGUAUAGAACCUACGAUGAAUCACUUGCUACAAUCACCGAGAUGCAACAGGCAGGAACUGCCAUCGACAAACUAGACGACGUCGAGUUUGGACGCAGGUUGGGUGUCGAGCGCGAAUUGGAGCACCCUGCUGUUCGCGCUCGCAUCAAUGUCAUCUUCGACGAAACCGGCAAUUUCAUUCUCUAUGGGUCUAUACUAGGAACCAAGGUCAUCAACACCUUGACGAAUCGCGUUGUCAAAGUUUACGGCAAGGAUGAACCCUUCAGAGCUUUAAACUUGACUCUUUACCAGGGCCAGCCAGAUAAGAAGGGUGUCGUAACUGUUCAGAUGGCUGCCAGUGACAAUCCAUUAUUACAGCAAGCCGAAGCUCGUGACUCGAUGCUGGUCGCUACAGGAUCAGGAAAAGUACGCUUCUAUAUGUUCACGAAUGACACCGAUAUCAACAAGUCCGACCGUGAUAUCCAUAACGAAAAGCCGCGCACGAUCGCAACAAAACAACAAGCAGAAGCCGCAAAGGCUCAGACAGGCUCAUCCGCUACUAUCCAUACAUCUAUGGGCGACAUCCAGAUACGUCUAUACCCUGAGCACGCCCCCAAAGCAGUCGAGAACUUCAUUGUUCACAGCAAGAACGACUAUUACAAUGGCAUCAUCUUCCAUCGUAUCAUCCGUAAAUUCAUGAUCCAGACUGGUGAUCCAUUAGGUGAUGGUACUGGAGGUGACAGUAUCUGGGGCACCAAUUUCGAAGACGAAUUUACUCCUGCCUUGCGUCACGACAAGCCGUAUACGGUCAGUAUGGCAAACGCUGGUAAGAACACCAACGCAAGUCAGUUCUUCAUCACCACGGAAAAGACACCAUGGUUGGACGACAAGCAUACGAUCUUCGGACGAGUGGUCCGUGGCAUGGAUGUGGUGCACAGAAUUGAGAAUGCGAAGGUGUGGAAGGAGAAGCCCAUGGAGGAUAUCAAGAUCAUCAGUAUCUCGGUGAGCUAG